AUGGAAGAGAAGGAGUCUCGGGGUCCAGCUAGGAAGGGCAACCGCAGACUGAGGUGCAAUUGCAACAGCAGCUGCAGGCGCGGCCGUGGGCAGCUGCAACAAUCCACUUUUGCAUCCUGCUCUGCUCCUGCCUCCUUCUCGUGCCUGCGUCCCUGCCUCCUGCCUUCCGUCGAAGCUCUACCUUACACAGUACGUACCCAGGUCCUGCUGCGCUGCGCUGAGGCAUCCGCAAUCCUCGUCCUCGUCCUCGUCCUCAUCUCAGGUUCACCCGCAACCUCGACCGCGACAUCAACCGAGACUUUGCCUGUUCACCUUUCCUCCGUCUGCUCUUCUUCUCCUUACAUACUAGCAACGCUGCUGCCUCUCGUCCAUCCGCCUCCGCCUCCGCCUCCCUCCUGCAUCGCUACCAAGACCAAGCACGCAUACGGAUACAGAGCACUUCAAGGGCAAGGCACCGACCUGCUGCUCCGUGCCUCCCAGCCUCACAAAGCUCACACCCUUCCCGGAUCCAUCAAACCCACUCACCCACCCGAAAGGACCCUUCAUCGUUCACCACCAAGUCCCACUGCGCUGCACAGCACUGUGCACAGAGACGAGGCACAAGUUUACACCCAGUCUACGGGCACGGAUACGUACCUCGCCGCCUGCUUCUGGAACCCCGGACCUUUCGAGGUUGACCCUGUGCUACUACCACCACGGCGCCGCUACCACCUACCAAGUACCAACCUGCACCUUGCCUGGACCUGGUCCCGUCAGUCUUCUCGCCUCACCUCACCUCAUCUCACCUCCAACCGCCAAUCAACCGACUGUUGCUUGCCUCCUUCUUAUUCUCCCACCUCACCUCUCGACUUCUCCCACGUCCACAACACUUCGACCAUCACCUGCAUCGCCAUCCUCUCGUCUCCAAUCCAACGCGUCCCCAUAAGCGUCCCUGCAAUUACCGAGUCUCAAUGUCCCAGUCCUGACGCUUAUUAUUCGCUUUGCGCAGCUGGGACGCCCCGCCUUAAUCCGCCUCGCCGUUAA